AUGCCUUUGAUCCUGAAGCAGUUCCAAUCGUUGGCGAAACCGUUCGCUUACGUAUCGAGGCUUUCUGCGAAACACCCGGUUCAUGUUAUACUGAUCACAGUAUUUGUGUCUGCGCUUGCGUAUCUGUCAGUAAUCCACAGCUACUUUAACGGGUGGCAAUUAGACUCCAAAAGCAUUUUCGCUGGGAACAGCGAUGCGGUGCAAUUGCAGGACGAGUGUGUUCACUACUACCACGCCGGAAAUGCCGGGCUGUGGAACGAACUCUCGAGUGAAGAAUUCGCGUCCACUGCUUUCUCAGAGCACUACUAUCUCAUGCAAUUGGACUUCAAGACCCAGAAUCACACACAGGAACUACCAGAUUUGGCCAACGUUGUGGUGGCAGACCAGGACACUCGCUAUGUGCUACAGGAAGACUUAGUACUUCCCAAGAUUCUCCAGGCCGAUGACGGGACCACUUGGAGAUUGAGGCCUCACAGGUUCAGACUGUACGAUAUGAAAAAUGUCGUGCUCUCAAACAUUGACACACUUGUUACUAAAAUCCAGGGCGCUGAAACAUUUGACGUGCUCAUAAUUGGAACCGCGUAUAUUGCAAUGUUUUACACAAUCGUGCGCCUCUUUCUUGCUAUGAAGAAGCGCACAGAGUCCAAAUUCUGGAUUGCGCUCUCCGCAGUAGUUUCCUCUACCAGCGCUUUCUUUUUAGCCCUAUACACAAGUCAAGUGCUUCUCAACAAAACGGUAACUGCGCUAAGUUUAAUUGAAGGAAUCCCGUUCAUUGUAGUGAUUGUCGGUUUCAAUCAUAAGAUCAGACUAGCUUCCUUUUUGCUCAAUUACUUCAGAAAGCACGGCUUCUCUCAACAAUGCGACGCCUCGGAGCUUGUUUACUUAGCCAUGAAAGAAGAAGGUGGUCGCCUACUUCAAGAUCACCUCCUUUGCUUGGUCGGAUUUGUCGGCGGAGCCUUAUACGCUCAUAAUUUGGAGGUUUUGAGAAAUUUCUGCAUCCUAGCAUCCUUGGUGUUAAUCUAUGAUUUGGUUUUGACCUGCACUUAUUUCGCGUCUGUUCUAGCGCUCAAGCUGGAAAUAAACAUCAUCCACCGUUCUACGAUAAUUAAAGAAACUUUGGAGGAAGAUGGCGUAAUCAAAAGUACCGCAGAAUCGGUGUCUGUUGCCGAAAGUCAACCAAAAACUUCCAUUCUCACUUCAAACACUAGUGUUACUCUGCUAAAACUAUUUGUCGUUGUAGCAUUCGUUGGUUUCAACUUCUGCAGUUUCGGCGCCAGAUGGACUUACCAGACCUUUUCUGCCUUAUACACAAAGCCUUCGAGUCCCGUGCUGCCAGAUUUUAUCUCUUCUAGCGUGGCUGAAAACUACGCCAAUGGGGUGGUGAUCUCCAUGGUACCACCCCAAUACUACAAACCGAUGAAGGUGUAUUUUCAAGUCGAGGAUUUGAUUCUUUCGUCAUUGCGUUAUAUCAGCGUUUCCAUCCGUGAUAGAUUUAUCAGCAAACUGGUACUUUUCGCUUUAGUUACAAGCGCUUCCAUCAACAUUUAUCUAUUGAAUGCCGGAAGAAUCCAUACUGAAUUUACUGCCAAGCAAUGGCAAAGACAUAAGGCCAAGAAAGCUGUCUCUACUCCAAAAUUGAAGCAGACAAGCGAACUGGCUAAUGGUAGCUCCAAGAUAUCCACAUCAUUGUCCGCCACUUCUACUGAAAGCAAUACCGCCAUUGAGGAUGAUAGCGAAAGUGAUAGCGACGACGGAAUCGCUCGUCCCUUGGAAACUCUUGUAGAUGUUAUGAAAUCAGACGGCGUAAAAACCAUGAAUAACAAAGAAGUUGUAUCUUUAGUCGUCGGUGGUAAAUUGCCAUUAUAUGCAUUGGAAAAACAACUGGGUGAUACUCUACGUGCUGUUGCGGUCCGCCGUAAGGCGUUGGCACUACUUGCGGACGCGCCAGUUCUCGAAACAAGCCGCCUGCCAUACAAGCACUAUGAUUACGAUCGCGUACUGGGUGCUUGUUGUGAAAAUGUGAUCGGAUAUAUGCCGCUACCCGUUGGUGUCAUCGGUCCAUUGGUCAUAGAUGGCGUUUCUUAUCAUAUUCCAAUGGCCACUACUGAAGGUUGCUUAGUUGCCUCCGCUAUGCGUGGUUGUAAAGCCAUCAAUGCCGGUGGUGGUGUCACUACUGUGUUGACUAAAGAUGGUAUGACAAGAGGGCCAUGUGUCAGAUUCCCUACUUUGACCAGAUCCGGUGCAUGUAAGAUUUGGAUCGACUCAGAGGAAGGUCAAAACAAAGUUAAGAAGGCUUUCAACUCUACUUCGCGUUUUGCUCGUUUGCAGCAUUGUCAAACUGCUUUGGCAGGUGACUUACUAUUUAUUCGUUUCAGAACAACUACUGGUGACGCCAUGGGGAUGAAUAUGAUCUCUAAAGGUGUGGAACACUCUUUGAAACUGAUGGUGGAAGAGUUUGGUUGGGGAGAUAUGGAGAUUGUCUCUGUAUCUGGUAACUACUGUACCGACAAGAAACCCGCGGCCAUUAAUUGGAUCGAGGGCCGCGGUAAGAGUGUGGUCGCAGAGGCCAUUAUCCCUGGCGACGUUGUUCGCAAAGUACUCAAGAGUGACGUCCAUGCUUUGGUGGAGCUCAACAUAGCCAAAAAUCUGAUUGGUUCUGCAAUGGCAGGCUCUGUUGGUGGUUUCAACGCCCACGCCGCCAAUUUGGUGACAGCGGUCUACCUAGCACUGGGCCAAGAUCCUGCUCAAAACGUGGAAAGUUCCAACUGUAUAACGUUGAUGAACGCGGUCAACGGCGACCUGCGAAUUUCGGUAUCAAUGCCUUCGAUCGAGGUUGGAACAAUUGGUGGUGGUACUAUCUUAGAGCCACAAUCGGCCAUGUUGGAUUUGCUUGGCGUUCGUGGUCCACACCCAACCUCUCCUGGCGAUAAUGCCCGCCAAUUAGCUAAGAUUGUUGCAUCUGCAGUACUAGCAGGCGAACUGUCGUUGUGUUCCGCCUUAGCUGCCGGCCAUUUGGUGCAGAGCCACAUGAUCCACAAUCGUGGUAAAGGUACGACACCAGCCGCUGGAUCCACGGCUCCUCCCGAGAAUGACGUAAAGCGUUUGAAAGAAGGUUCAGUUACUUGUAUCAAGUCCUAA